CAUUUCAUUCAUUUUAUUUAUUUUUAUCUCAAAUUCUCGAUUCAAAAUCAAGCCCUUUUCCCCCAAUAAUCGCCGAUUCGAGUAGAGAAUUUGAGACGAUUUCCACCAGAAACUAAGUCGAUUUCCUCGAAGAUUUAAUUUUUUACCUGGAUUCUAUGCAAACAUGGAGAUUUCAGUGAUUCGAAGCUCCCAGGUGAAUUCGGGAAGAAGCUGUGACGCUGGGCUGUUUAGUUUUAGCAAGAAUUUGGGUGCUGAAAUCUGUAAUUUGAAGAACAAUAAAUCGAAGGCAUGUUGCUUCGUUCAGAAUCAAAGCUUGAAAUUGCAGUGGAAAUCUGCUGCGGGUUUCACUCUCAGAGCCUCUGCUGCUGCUCAAACUGCAGAUGCUGUCAAUUCUGAGAGAACUCCAAUAAUUUCAAGAACCAAGCUUGUUGAUGGGAUCAAGUUAUUUGUUGGUCUGCCUCUUGAUACAGUCUCCAAAUCUAAUAAGAUAAGCCGUGCACGAGCAAUUGCUGCAGGGCUGAAGGCUUUGAAAGUAUUGGGUGUGAAGGGUGUUGAGCUACCGGUUUGGUGGGGAGUAGCUGAGAAGGAAGCUAUGGGGAAAUAUGAAUGGACAAGCUAUCUUGCUGUUGUGGAAAUGGUCCAAAAAUUGGGCCUUGAGCUUCAUGUCUCUCUGUGUUUCCAUGCUUCAGAAGAAUGUAAGAUUCGCCUCCCAGAAUGGGUUUCUCGAAUUGGUGAAAGUGAUCCGGACAUCUACUUUGCCGAUAGGUCGGGACAACAGUGCAGAGAUUGUCUUUCAUUUGCCGUGGAUGAAGUUCCUGUUUUAGAUGGAAAAACUCCAGUCCAAGUGUACAGAGAUUUUUGUGAUAACUUCAAAGCUACCUUCUCGCCUUUGUUGGGUUCUACUAUCACGAGAGUAUCGAUCGGGCUCGGACCGGAUGGCGAGCUUCGAUAUCCAUCUCAUCACCCGCUUGACAAAAGCAACCGCGGAGCCGGAGAAUUCCAGUGUUAUGACAGAUACAUGCUUAAAAAUCUGAAGCAGCAUGCUGAGACGAAUGGAAGUCCUCUAUGGGGUCUUGGUGGUCCCCACGACACCCCCAGCAACGACCAAUCUCCACUCUCCGACGGCUUCUUUGCUGAAAACGGCGGAUCUUGGGAGACACCCUACGGCGAUUUCUUCCUCUCCUGGUAUUCGAGUCAGCUAUUAUCUCAUGGCGACCGUAUCUUGUCCCUCGCUGCUUCGACCUUCAAAGACGCCGGCAUUGCCGUGUCCGGUAAAGUUCCUCUCAUCCACUCUUGGCAUCGGACCCGUUCCCGCCCAGCUGAGCUCACAGCUGGGUUCUACAGCGCUGCCAACCGGGAUGGUUACGAUGGUGUUGCUAGAAUCUUCUCUAGAAAUGCCUGCAGCAUGAUUCUCCCCGGGAUGGACCUAACCGAUGAGAACCAGCCGGCUGAGAUCCUGUCUAGCCCACAGUCGCUACUCAAGGAGAUAACGGCUUCGUGCAGAGAGCAUGGGGUGACGGUGUCUGGCCAGAACUCGUUGCCCUCGGGCCUCUCCGGGGGCUUUGAUCAGAUCAAGAAGACGGUACUGGACGCGAACGCACUGGUGGACACGUUCACAUACCAGAGAAUGGGUGCUUCCUUCUUCUCACCGGAGCACUUUUCUCCGUUCGCACAGUUCGUCCGGCUCACCAGCCGGUCUGAAGUUCAGACAACGUAGGGUUCUGUUGUAGGUUUGUUUCGCCUGCAAACUGUAUAUAUAUAUAUAAUGUAGAUAGAGAUAGAGAUGAUGCAUUGAUAUUAUAAGAGGCAAAUUUAAAACUGUUUUGCAGUGA